AUGCGUGUCGUGAUCGAGGAUGAAAACGACGAUAGUCCUCGUCCAAUUGGCGACUCCACUAUUCUUGAUAAGCCAUCAUUGAGUCGUCAAACGAAAGCUCAAUUGAGCGUUGAUUGCAAUCGUGAAGACGGUUGUCAGUCAAAACUUUCAUUCAUCAUGAGAGAAAAAUUGCAUGUUUUCGCUGGUGAUUUAAGACGUCGUACUUCUGAGCGACCAACAAGUGAUCCUGCAGAUGUAACAGAAACCAACUCUUGCCUUCCGUCAUCAAUCGAUCCGCACAGUAGAAAAUAUCUGAUAUGGCUGAGUAUUGUGGUUGUUGCAUUCCUCUAUAAUGCCUUUUGUAUUCCUCUCCGAAGUUCGUAUCCAUAUCAAACCGAAUCAAAUUUGGUAUUUUGGUUCACAGCUGAUUACAUUGCAGAUGCCAUUUAUGUUCUGGAUUUGUUCAUUGUGAAGCCAAGAUUACGGUUCAUGAAAGGUGGUAUUGCAGUGAAGGAUAAAAAGGAAAUGAGCAGGCAUUAUCUAAUGAGUGUUACCUUCAAACUUGAUCUCUUAGCAAUUGCACCUCUCGAUUUAUUAUAUAUAUGGACAGGACCGAUUGCUGCAUGGCGAAUUGUUCGUUUGUGUAAGCUGUUAUCAUUUUGGCAGCUUUUUAAUUUGCUUGAUAAUUCAUUCUCGAAUCCAUACAUAAUCAGGAUAACAAAAACUCUCGGUUAUAUGAUCUAUAUAAUUCACUGUAACAGUUGUGUAUAUUAUAUGCUGAGUGCAUGGCAAGCGUUCGGUCAAAUCGCAUACCGCUUAAACAAUAAAUGGUAUCUCAAUAAGUGGGUUUACAAUAAUCAAGGUAAUGCCUAUAUUCGUUGUUUUUAUUUCACUGCUGCCGUAGCAACUUCAACUGGAAACAAUCCCGCGCCAACAAAUGUUAUCGAAUAUGUUUAUAUGACAUUUUCAUGGAUGAUGGGAGUUUUUGUGUUCGCUCUUUUACUUGGUCAGAUAAGAGAUAUCGUGUCGAAUGCGAACAGGAAUCGAGAGCAAUACCGUCAAACGAUGGAUAUGUGCCUAAUUGAAUGUAAAAGAUUACAAUUACCGAAAGAGAUUAUUGAUCGUGUGCGUGACUGGUUCAUUUACACAUGGCAUCGUCAAAAAACACUUGAUGAGAAAAAAUUAAUCGAGAAGCUUCCUCUUAAACUGCAAACUGAUCUUGCGUUAUCGGUGCAUUACAAUACACUUAGUAAAGUGCAGCUAUUCCAGGACUGUGAUAGAGCACUUCUUCGAGAACUUGUACUCAAAUUAAGACCGGUUAUUUUUCUGCCUGGAGAUAUGAUCUGCAAAAAAGUUGGUGCUACAUUUUCUUCAUAUAAUAAAAAUGUCUUCUUGAAGGCUGAUUGUGAUAAACCACUGUAUUCAGUAUCGAUGGUUCCAUCCUUGUUCCAGGGUGAUGUUGGCAAAGAAAUGUAUAUUGUCAAUGAUGGUAUUCUCCAAGUCGUUGGCGGUGAACAAAACGAAAAAGUCUUUGCCGAACUUACUGAGGGAUCUGUAUUCGGUGAGAUAAGUCUAUUGGCAAUAGGCGGUAACAAUCGGAGAACAGCAAAUAUUCGUUCGAAAGGUUAUGCCACCUUAUUUGUACUAUCGAAAGAGGAUCUGAAUGAUGUCAUUAAAGACUAUCCUGAAGCUCAACAAUUGCUGAGACAGAAAGCAAGACAAAUGUUAAGUAACGAUGCAAAAGUAAAGCAGGAAAAUGAGAAGGGUGAACAGAAAACAAUGGAGGAAAGAUGUCGAAUUUCGACGCAUAUCUCCACUCCAAGAAUACUAGAUACGGUUGUCAAAGUGCUUCCUGAAAAAUCUCUUACUGGUCGCCAACUUCGUUCUGCUAUCGGUGCCGUUUAUUAUUUCGAUUGCACUCAUAUCAUUAUGCAUGCAUCUGUUGUUUUCGGUGCUCAGUACAGAACCAAUUUUCAAAUUUCAGAAACUCGAUGUCCCACACGAAUGCAGCGAAUUGGAACUUUACCUGAAGGAGGCAUCAUCGUGAUGUUGAUGGGACGAGGCAAAGCACUCGUAAUCAAUUUACCGAUACAUGUUUAUGAGCAGAAAGCAGCAAGAAGAGAGGGAAUAGAAAUAAAACGACAGAAACGAUGA